AUGAAUGUUUUUGGCAUGUUAUUCCAAGAGCAUGGUCAGCUGCAUUUUGCAACCUUAAGCUACACUUCACACCCCAAACUCCAACCCCAUUCCCAACUAACUUUUCACAAGAAUCUUUAUUUCCUCAUACCAACCAUAUAUUCCCUAAACGAUACUCCAUUCUACACCAAAACCCCUCCGAUUUCAUAAACUAUCCGAAAACCCUACCUUUCACGGCCGAGUUGCUUUUGCUGAUACUCAUGUAGUCUAACAAAGUACUUCAAAGCUGAGGUUGUCAUUUUCACCGUUUAUAUAUUACCAAUACACUGCCAUUUCACACACAAAAAAACAUUACAAACAAAGUGAAUACUUUUGAAAAAUGAAAAUGCGGAAAAUCGCUGACGUCAUUUGUCAAGUACAUAAUAGGGAAUGAUAGCGUUGACAACCAGUGCGACUUUAUAGCCAACGAGUCACUGAUUGAGCACACUGCGCAUCAGUUCUGCGCAGCUGAAAGUGCUCGACUCUUUCUGCCAAGUCGCACUACGAAACGUGGAAGUUCGUUUAAGGCAGAGAAAUAUUCACUUGUUGCAGUUGGUUUUAGUUCGAAAUAGUUACUUAUCAUGUAUUAAGAUUUUGCGAGUGUAAGAUCACCGUUCGCACACCUCGCACACUAACAUUAUCGUGUGCUCGCUCUCACAGAUUUUUGAGCAAAAGAGUCAGACAGAGAGAAUGCUCGCAGUCUAGCAAGGAACUCAUACCGGUUUCUGUUCACACAUAAGAACAAUGAUUUCGGUGUAAUUUCUGUAACGGAUCCUCAGCGAAGCUGUUCUGCGCCGAUCGCUUAA